AUGGGCACCAAACGACCCCACGAAGAGCUGGACGACGAGAAUGCACAGAUCGGCUCGCAUUCUGGUGGGCGAUCGGGCCCAUCGGUCAAGAAGCAGCGACCGAACGGCAAAUCAAAACACAGGGCAAAGGAGGGAAGCAUCGAGUACGCAAAGAAACGAGCCCGGACAAUCGAGCGCCUGUUCCAGAAGAACCACGACCUUCCUGCCAAUGUCAAAAAUGAACUCGAGAGAGAGCUGGAAUCUCACAAGGCGACAGUGGAGGACAAGACGUUCCAAAAGAAACGGAGUGCAAUGAUCUCAAAGUAUCACAUGGUUCGGUUUUUCGAACGGAAAAAGGCAAUACGAUUAGCGAAGCAGGUCCGAAAAAGGAUUGACAAGUGCGAGGACAAAGAGGAACUGGAGAAGCUGCGGCACGAGCUGCACGUUGCUGAGGUUGAUGAGGCGUACGCGGUCAACCACCCUCACGCCGAAGUCUACAUUAGUCUGUAUGCAAAGCCCAACAAAUCCGGCAAAGAUGAUGCAGAUGAGACCGAAGAAGGCGACGAGGGCGGGGUCAACUCUGCAAGCUCCUUGCUGCAUACCGAACGGCCUCCCAUGUGGAAAGCCGUCGAGGCAGCCUUGGAAGAAGGUCCUGAUGCGCUGAGGAGAUUGAGGGAAAGGAGGUCUGGUGAUGACACGCAAAAGCAAAAGAAGCCUGCUCCACGACCUAAUCGCGGCGCGGCGGCCAAGGACAAAACCAAGACGCCGACCGAAGCCCCAGGAAAGCAGCCAGCCAGCCACAAGUCUUCGUCGUCACAAGCGAAGGGUGCUAAUCCACCAGCCAUGAACAGGCGAGAACGGAGACGGCUCAUGCGCGAGCUUGCAACACCCGCCAAUGGCGAUGAGGAUGACGGUGAGGGGUUCUUCGAGGAUGCCUAA